CAUCACAUGCACACAAACAUGUGGUGGUGGUAAUUCAAUUAAACAAAGACAGGACAGGCUACUUCGAAAGCGGUUCAUUUCGUUGGGGGGCUGCUAGUGGUGAGGGAGGGGGUGGAGGGGGGGGGGGCAACCAUCCACAGCAUCCAUCCAUCCAUCCAGCCACUCUACUUAUCAUGCGCCGUGCCUGUAUUGUUGGGUUGUUGGUGCUGUUGAUUUGUUAUGUUGCUGGUGGGUGACCGGGGGGGCAGGGGGUGGGGUGGCUGCUGGGUUGUUCGUACUAUGCGUGUUGCAGCGUCGGCGUAUGACCUGACACGGACAUACUUACUUCAGAGGAGAGAGAGAAAGGGGAAGGAGACGGAGAGAGCGCCAGCGCCCCCCACCCACACAUCACAUCCCUACACUCUUGCACACCACGCCAUCCCGUGCUUAAACUUUUUUCUUCAAGAGGAAGGAGAACGGACCAUUACAGCGUCUGCGCAGGCAGAGACAGACACAGAAUGAAUCAGACACAGAGAGGCGGAGAGGCCGGCGGGUGGAUAGGAAAGACAGACAGACAGAUAGGUGCAGCGAAUUAGCGAUUUUUCCUCCCUGUGUUGGUAGGGCAGGCCAGCUGAGCUCAGCUGGUUGGUACUUCUUGGUUGGUUUGUUGUGGCGUGUGUGGUUCUCACGUCAAUCAGUCAGUCGAGUCAGCCUCAGUGAGUGAGUGCAUCGCUAGUCAUCAGUCAAUUAAGCCAGCCACGCCAUGCUAGCUACAUAACGACAUCCAAGGGAGGGAGGCCGGAUGGAUGGAUGGACGGAUGGAGCAAAGGCUUCCAUGCGCACAGCCCGCUCCUCUCGAAUGCACUAUAUAAUGACUAUGUGCCUGCCUGCCUGCCUGCCUGCAUACACACGUACCUCUAUAUGACGAGUGCCACCCAGCGCGCCCAUCAAUCAGUCCCCCGUCUGUCUGUCUGUCUGUCAUGGUGUGUGUAGCUGUCUGUCUGUUGGUUUGUUCUGCUGCUUUGCGAACGGAUGCCGGAUGCCGGCAACCAUGCACAAUAUGUCCAGCGCUGCAUGUCCUGACUGCGUGCGCAUGAGCCGACGUGCGCCUUGGCUGGUUGAUGGCAAUGAUUGCGAUUGCGCUCCUUCUGUGUCCGUGUCUGUCUGUCUGUCUGUCUACUGGACUGACUGCCCGUCCGUUUGUCGUCGUGGAUUGCAUCAUGAUGUCGUUGCUUGUGGGUGUGGGUGAGUGAGUUAGUGAUGAGCAAUUAAAGAGCCGCCUGCCUGCCUGCCUGCCUGCAUGGUUCGUGCGUAUCUCCUGCCUGCCUGCCUGCCUGCCUGCUGUGUGAGUGUGUCCAUGGAAGCAAGCGGUGCAGAGAACGAGCAAUGCACGCGGAUGAUUGGAUGGAUGGACACAGACAAUUAAGAGCCUGAAAACGUCCCAUUGCAAGUUUACUUACCCUACGAUCAGUCGAAGCUGUGUUGCUGGUCAAUCAUGGCGUCCUCAUCUAAUGACGGUUCCGAGAUCUCCGACGACGAGCACCAGCUGGGCCAGCAGCUUGGCGCCCUCAAUGAGAGUGUGGUGUGUGGCGUGCUGGUCAAGACGGCCAACAAGGUGCGCACCGUCGGGUUUGCCAUGUUCGACCGCGACGAGAAGCGCAUCAAAGUCUGUGAGUUCAAGGACAACGAACACUUCUCCACACUCGAGGCCACACUCCUCCAGGUAAGAAAGAUCUCGACGGCAUGAUCUGAUCCAUGCUGCGCUGUGUGUGUGGAUUCGGAUGGAUGUGUGUGUGUGUUUGGAUCACACACACGCACAGGUGCGGCCCGUGAGCUGUGCGUUUCUGGCGCCGGAUGACCCCGUUGACGCCAAGAAGAUCGACGAGCUGCUCAAGGCGUGUGAGAUUGAGGCCGUACAGCGCAAGAAGGCCGAGUUCAAGGGUGAGGAUGAACGGCGCAGCGCAGCAGACACGAAGCUGCACAUGACACGUGGUGGAUAUGUGUGUGUGUGUGCGUGUGGUGCAGCGGCUGAUUUGGAGCAGGACAUCGAGCGUCUGUUGUGCGAGGACGACAGCAUCAAGAACCACCUGGGUCAGCUGCAGCAGGCGGCGGGCAUGGAGGCGCUGGCCGGCCUCCUGGGCUACUACCAGCUCAUGGCCGACCACACGAACUUCCACCAGUGCGCCCUACACACAUACGACACCAUGCAGUUCAUGCGAGUCGACAAGGCCGCCGCAAACGCCCUGCAGAUACUGCCCAAACCCAAAGAGAGUAAGAGGACGGCAGAGCGAGAGAGAUAUAUGGUGGGGACAGACCACACUCUGUGCCCACGCGUGUGUGUGUGGUGUGGUUUUCUGCAGCUGCGCGGAGUCCGACGUCGCUGUAUGGUUUCCUCAACAAGUGCCGCACGUCGCUGGGCAGCCGUCGGCUCAACACCUGGGUGGCGCAGCCGCUGCUCGACGUCAAGGAGAUACAGAUGCGGCUCGACGUAGUGGAGAUCUUCAAAGAGGUCGGUCGGGGAUGAAGUGCGCACCGCACCCCUCACACAACAAGUGAAGUGGCCUGGCCUGUGUUCCUUCGUUGUGUGUGUUGGGGGAAGGAGGAUGCCCGAGACUUACUCCUUCUCUCUCUUUUUUGGCUGCCCCCCCGCUGUGUGUGUGUAGGAUGCCGAGUUGCGUCAGUCGCUCCACUCGGAGUAUCUGCGGAAGGUGCAUGACCUUGACAAGACCACGGCGAGGUUCCACCGCAUCUCGGCCCUCGACGAGCAGCAGCCGCCGCCGGCCAAGGGCAAACUCAAGGCCAAGCUGGACGACCUCGUCAAAACAUACGAUGCCGUCAUACACAUGAGGGUCAGUUAGUGGGGUGGGAUGGCUCAUACCGACACACACAUCUGUGUGUGUGUCUGUCUGUCUGUGGCUGGCGCGUAGGGUGCCGGUCAUGUGUUGAAGGAGUACGUGUCUUCACCUGCUGCCGCUGGAGGGAGCGCCAGUGCCGCUGGUGGUGGUGGUGGUGGUGGGGGUAACCGUGAGAGUUUGCGCGAGUACAUUGUGAAGCCCCUCAAGCAGGCCCUCGAGGGCUUUGAGAACUUCCUGCAGCUAGUCGAACACACCGUAGACCUAGACGUGAGCACACCACGCCCCGCCCUGCCCCGCCCACACACUGAUGGCUCAUCCACUCGUGAGUGUGUCCAUGUGUGUGUGUGUGUGUGUCCAUCGCAUCGAUCAGGAGUAUCAGCGGAGCCAGAGGUGCAUCCUCCACCGCACCUUCGACCAGCGCUUCACGCAGCUGGCCAAGGAGAAGGACGACAUAGCACAGGCCAUAGAGGACCACAGACGACGGGUACACACAGAUCCCUCCACCCCAUUGAGAGAGAGAGAGAGAGAGAGAGAGGCUGGCUCCAGGAGCUCACCACCACAACUCUCUCUCCCUGUGUGUGUGUGUGUGUGUUGCGGUGUCAGGUAGAGAGUGAUUUGGGUUUGGAUCGUGGCAAUCGCAAGAGCGGCAAGGGCAGCGACGAGCUCGUCACCAUCAAGGACGACGGCCAGCACGGCAAAGUCUUCAGAGUCACCAAGAAAGACCAAAAGACAGUAGAGGUAUCUCAACACACAGCACAGACCACACAGUACACACGAGAGCCUGCGUCUGUCUGUGUCUGUGUCUGUGUGUGUCAGGGGUCCAAGAAGGGCCGCUACCGCCAGGUGCGCAUCAACAAGGGCGAGUACCUCUUCACCACAUCCCAGCUGGCGGGCUACGUCAAGCAGCUGACGGAGAAGGAAACCGAGUACGAGGACCGACAGAAGAAUGUUAGUGAGUAAACACACACGCGGAGAGAGAAGGACAGGCAAACAAGAGCGUCGCUGUCGUGGCAUGCCAUCCCUGGCUCUGUGUGUGUGUGUGUGUGUGUGUGUGCAGACUGUGUAUCGGGCGGUGCGUGUGGGGUCGACCCACUGGCCGUGUUUGGAGCAGCUGGCUGACGUGGUGGCCAAGAUCGACAUACUCUCCACCUUUGCCCUCAUAGCCAACAACCACAGAUACAACAAACCGACCCUCGAACCUGACGGUCCGUCAACCGCACCAUAAUCCCCACACACACCCUCUCUCUCCGUGUGUGUGUGUGUUUAGGCAGUGUGGUGUGUCUGGAGGGGAGCCGUCACGCGCUGGUGGAGAUUCAGCACCACACGAGCCACUUCAUCCCCAACGAUGUGCACAUGGACCGCGACGCCUCCCGCCUCCACAUCAUCACCGGCCCCAACAUGGGCGGCAAAUCGACAUACAUACGACAGGCAGGCAGCCCUACACCCCCACACAGCCAAAGCCACAGCCACAGCCACAGCCACUUACAUGCCUGUGUGUAUGUGUGUGCAGGUGGCCUUGGUGUCGUUGAUGGCGCAGAUCGGCAGCUUCGUGCCCUGCAAGAGCGCCCGGCUGCCCAUCUUCAACCAGAUACAAUGCCGCGUCGGCGCGUCCGACGUGCAGCUGCGGUAGGUGAACCAACACGCCACACGCCACCACACAUCCGCACGUCUAAGAUGGACCCAUGUGUGUGUGUCAGUGGUAUAUCGACCUUCAUGGCCGAGAUGUCCGAGGCGAGUGCCAUCCUCAAGACGGCCGACAAGAACAGCCUGGUGGUCAUUGACGAACUCGGCAGGGGCACCUCGACCUUCGAGGCAAGUCGCGUCGCCAACGACGGCAGAUCAGGCCACACAAGGAAGGGCACAUAGGCAGCAAGGCAAGACAGACACGCCAUUCAUUGCCUUGCGUGUGGUUUGUUUGUGUGGCGUAUGGUGUGCAGGGGUUUGGGUUGGCCUGGGGUAUUGCCAAGGCGAUUGCCGACGAGCUGGGCUGCUUCUGCCUCUUCGCCACACACUUCCACGAGAUGGGCGCCCUCGCAGGUCUGUGGGCAUCUCUCUCUCUCCCUGUGUGUAUUUGUGUGUGUGUGCACUGAAUGUCAGAGUGCCCCGGAGUAGUGAAUCGCCACGUGACGGCCGCCAUCGAGACUGGCCAUGGCCGUAGGGACCUCAAGUUCCUCUACAACUUACAAGACGGAUGCGCGGUCAGUCAGUGAGCCAUUACCCCACCCACCUCAUCAACUCAACUCAACUCCCUCCCUGUCGCCAUGCAGGACCAAUCGUACGGUGUGCACGUCGCCGAGAUGGCCGGACUGCCCGCGGCGGUCAUCGAGCAGGCCCGCCAGAAGAGCCAGGAGCUGGAAGCCGUCGAGAAGAGCCACCCGACAGGCAACAAGCGCAAGAGGGACGGCGAUCAACUUGAUGGGGCAGUGGCAGAGGACACCACCGACAGCACCGGCGGCAGCACUGGCGAGGCCAUCAAGCGGCUGAAAGGGGUGCUGCGGGAGAUCUUCCAGCCGCCCGACGCACAAGGUGCCUGGCGCAGGGAGGGAGGGAGGGAGGGAGGCCUUGAGUGGUGUUCCGUCACGUCACCCCAACAGGUGUGUGCCCGUCCUGUGUGUGUGCAGGUUUGCAGGAGCGUGCGGUUGCGUCGCAGGCGGGCCUGGCGGAGGCGGCAGCCGUCUUCUGAGGAGGGAAUAGGGAAUAGCAAGGAGCCAGACAGACAGGCGGCAUCUAGUGUAAUGUACAUAAGUAAACACACACGCGUGAGCAGUUAACUCCUAUCCGCCGUAGAAUGGAUGGCUCGUGAAGGAGUGAGGUGACUGAGUGUGGGGUAGAUGAGGGUGUGUGUGUGUGUGUAUGUGGGUCGGUGAGUGUGAUUGAGUGCGGACCCCAAGACCCCUUUGAGGGCUUCUGCCCUUUGCGUGUUGGAUGUUGCGUGUUGCCAUCCGUUCCAUAUGCGCAGCCUCCUGCCUGCCACGGUCAAAAACGGGUCGGAUAACC